UCAGACAGCAUCGAUUCUGUACCUGUGAACUCAGAGGAGACAGUUCAGCUACAAUGGCGAGAACCAAGCAGACAGCCCGUAAAUCCACCGGAGGUAAAGCUCCCAGGAAGCAGCUGGCCACCAAGGCCGCCCGGAAGAGCGCCCCGGCCACCGGCGGAGUCAAGAAGCCCCACAGGUACCGGCCCGGUACCGUGGCUCUCAGAGAGAUCCGCCGCUACCAGAAGUCCACCGAGCUGCUGAUCCGCAAGCUGCCCUUCCAGCGCCUGGUCCGGGAGAUCGCCCAGGACUUCAAGACCGACCUGCGCUUCCAGAGCUCCGCCGUCAUGGCUCUGCAGGAGUCCAGCGAGGCUUACCUGGUCGGUCUGUUCGAGGACACCAACCUGUGCGCCAUCCACGCCAAGAGGGUCACCAUCAUGCCCAAAGACAUCCAGCUGGCCCGCCGCAUCCGGGGAGAGAGAGCUUAGACUGACCCCAGAUCUGUAACACCACAACGGCUCUUUUAAGAGCCACACA